AUGAAACUCAGUCGGAGAGCGAAUACAUGGUCUAUUCUCAUAUUCGACAAGUCGUUGAUCAUUUCAGCAACACUACAGCAUUUUGGAAACAGUUGGUUUUUGCAGAGAUAUCAGUACAACUCAAAGUUCUACAACAAGCGUAGCGGAAAUGUCUUCUUAAUGAUUGGAGGAGAACGAUCGAUAUCGCCUCCGGGCGACAAGUGGGUUCGAAACGAGAACGUCAUGAUGAUGAAAUAUGCUAAGAUUUAUGGGGCUGCCGCAUUUCAACUUGAGCAUCGCCACUACGGACCAGCUGAAUACAGUCCUAUGAAGACGCAAACUACCUUGGACCUAAAGCUUUUAACAAUCGACCAAGUUAUUGAAGAUAUUCGAGAAUUCAUCCGGCAAAUGAACGCAAAGUAUUUCAAUGGGACGAAGACCUACUGGGUCACAUUCGGUGGAUCUUAUUCAGGAGCUUUAUCGGCUUUCUAUCGUGAAACGUAUCCGGAAACAAGCAUCGGAGCCGUGUCCACAUCUUCCGCUGUGAACGUGCUGGUCGAUUACUACGGUCAGUGUUUAUUCCCAUAA